CAAUUUUAGCCUAUAUAAGGGAGAACUGCAUGCUGCUCACGAAGGUAGACUCUUGAAAGUGGACUAGUAGUACAUUCAUCGGAAGAUACAUCCAAUCGAUACGACGCACAUCUAUCAUGACAUCGCCAACAUUUACACUGUCGCUGUUAGCAUUGGUAUUUUGUUCCGUUGUUCAAAGCCAAAAAGUGAGAGAGGGCCAUUGUCCAUUGAUUAUCCCAGACUACGAAGGUGCGUGCACGCGUGAAUGUGAGAACGACGCGGACUGUGCUACAGAAACGGAUAGAUGCUGUCAGAACGCAUGCGCCGGAACAUACUGCGUGGAGCCAAAAAGUGAAGAUCCGUGUGAUAACCACGAGUGUAAACACCCGGGUGAGUUGUGCGUCAACGAGGGAACCCACUCAGUCUGUAAGUGCGGUGAAGUUUGUCCUCAGAACUAUGAUCCAGUUUGUGGAUAUCUUGAUGAAAAGGACAAGGAGGGUCAAGAAUACCCUAACAGAUGUGUGAUGCAGAUGAAAAUGUGUGAACUUCAAAUAACGAUUGAUGAGAUUGAUUGCGACAGACUCGGCGAAAGACUCGGAAUAGUUGACACGGAAUCCGAGACAGAUGGAGCUUCAUCACUUGUCGCUAUGACGACCUCUAUAAUCACUGUAUUCGUCUCAGUUAUUCAGCUUUUGUAGUGAGUAUCCAUGCACUAAUUAUUUAAGGAGAAUAUUCAAGACAAAUUUGAACCAGUACAGUUACAUUCACACCAUUAUUUUGUAUUCUUAUCACUAAUAAUAAUAAUAAAUCAAUCAGAAUGGUUUCU